CACCAUGCGAGCAGAGCAGAGGAGGGAGAGGAAAGCAGAGGUGCGGUCCUGAGUGUAAAAGACCUCUCUGUCUAAGCUCUGGCCUGCAGCCAGGCGGCAGCAGCAGAGACGUGUCAGACCAGGACUUUAAGCUGAUUCUUGGAAAUAGAAGUUGGACUUUGACCCCGGAGUCGUCAUAUAAAGUAGAGGAGAGGGAAAAGAAGGCUAUUUCACCAAAGAUAGGAGGAGAAAGAACAAGGCCAUGGCUAUGUGGAGGACAGUAGGAGCUCUACUGCUAAUACUAAAUACAGUAUUUGGCCAGAGCAACAUCCGAUGGUGCACCAUCUCAGAUCCAGAGCAGUUGAAAUGCGAGGCCAUGUCGAAGGCUUUCGCCGCCGUCUCCAUCAGUCCAUCCGUCAGCUGUGUCAAGGGAGCAACUCUCGAGGGCUGCGUUCAGAAACUGCAGAAAAACGAAGCAGAUGCCUUGUCCAUGGCAUCCUCUAACGUCUACAAGCAGUCGAAGAUUGCUUCCUUCAAGAUUGCUGGUGGUGAAUCAGGCCCUGACCGUACCGGUGCCACCUACUAUACAGUCGCGGUGGUGAAAAAGUCGAACCCUGGCAUCAACAUCAACAACCUGGCAGGAAGAAACAGCUGCCACACCGGGAAAGGCCGAACAGCCGGCUGGAAUAUGCCUAUAGGAUAUUUCAUUGACCAGGGAUACAUCUCUGCGAUGGGCUGCAACAUCCCACAGGGUGUGGCAAAUUUCUUCAAUGCGAGCUGUGUCCCCGGAGCAAACGAGCCUGGUUACCCUUCAUCUCUGUGUCAGCAGUGUGGGGGAGACGGGCAGGGAGGACACAAAUGUGAGUGGGGCGACAACGAGAAAUACUUCAGCUAUCACGGGGCGUUCAGGUGUAUGGUAGAUGGUCAAGGAGACGUGGCGUUCAUCAAACACACAACUGUCGAGGACAACACCGAUGGUCAUGGCCCAGAAUGGGCACAUAAACUAAGGUCAUCAGACUAUGAGCUGUUGUGUCGUGAUGGCACCAGAGCUGCCGUUGAUCAGUGGAAAUCUUGCCAUCUAGUCCGCGUUCCAUCUCGUGGCAUCGUGGUCGGCAAUCACGUCACCCCAUCUGUGGUGUUUAACAUGCUGACGCAGGGGAUGGAAAAAUCCGGCUUCGACAUGUUUUCCUCUGCGGAGUACGGGGGAAAAAAUUUGCUCUUCUCUGAGUUCUCCGUCAUGUUUCAAGAGGCUGGGUAUGAGGACCCCAAGAAGUGGCUGGGUAGUCGCUAUUAUAAUGCCAUGACUGCCAUGGGCUGUACCCUUACAGAAAAGACCCUGCGGUGGUGUGUGGUGUCCAGUGGCGAGCAGCAGAAGUGCGGUGACAUGGCCACCGCCUUCCGCAGUAAAAAUCUGGUUCCAGACAUCAGUUGUGUCUACGGGGAGUCUGAAACUGACUGCAUGAAGAAAAUCCAGAACAAAGAGGCUGAUGCCAUCACUCUGGAUGGAGGUUACAUGUACAAAGCAGGCAAAGACUACGGCUUGGUCCCUGCGACCGGCGAGAGCUACACGGGGGCUCGCGAUGGCUCCAUUUACUAUGCAGUUGCGGUGGUGAAAAAGAAUAAUAAUAACAUCCACAACCUUAACGACCUGCGAGGCCGUCGCUCCUGUCACACUGGAGUGGGCCGCACGGCUGGCUGGAACGUUCCUGUAGCAACGCUGAUUGAGAGAGGCCUGAUCUACCCCAAAAACUGUGAGAUACCUCAAGCGGUGGGAGGGUUCUUCCAGCAAAGCUGCGUACCGGGCGCCAACCAGCCCGGUUUCCCGAGCAACCUGUGCGCUUUGUGUAAGGGAGACGGCACAGGGCAGAACAAAUGUGAGAAAGGAAAAGACCAGUAUGAUGGAUACGACGGUGCCUUCAGGUGUCUAGCAGAGGGAACUGGGGAAGUGGCUUUCAUCAAACACACCACUGUCUUCACAAACACUGAUGGUAACUCGACUGACCCGUGGGCACAGAAUCUCCUGUCCAAAGAUUUCCAGCUGCUCUGUGCCCAGGACAGCAGGGCCGAGGUCACGGACUACCUAAACUGUAACCUGGCCAGAGUCCCUUCCCAUGCUGUGAUGGUGCGGCCAGACACCAACAUCUACAUUGUCUAUGGACUCCUGGACAGCGCACAGACAUAUUUUGGCAGUGACACUGGUAGUGGUUUCAAGAUGUUCGACUCACAGGCCUACAGCGGCAAAGAUCUCAUCUUCAAAGACUCCACCGUUCGCCUGGUGAGUGUCGCUGACAAAAAGACCUACGAGGAGUGGUUGGGCCCGGGCUACCUGGACGCACUGGUCAACAUGGACUGCAACUCAUCGAGUGCAGUGAUGUCCUCUGCAUGGCUGCUUCUGGUGGCGCUGCUCAGCUCCAUGCUGACCAACCUCUGGAUGUAAAGACAAUAUGCGUCCAGCCUCUUCCCCUCUUCUCCUUUCCUCCUUCCUUUCUUCUUUUUCUCUUUUCCUUAACUCUCACCUCUCUAUAGCCCAUACCCACCCCACCCCCCCUUCCCUCCUUUCUCUCCUCUACCCUUUUUAUUUCUCUUUUUUUCAUACCGGAGUCUUCAGACUUUGAACCUCUUGACUGCUGUUCAGUCAAAUCACUCUCCAAACUCCGUCCCUGAUUACAUGUUUUAUCUUAUCUUACGAUUACAUCAUAUUCACCAUAUGUUAUUUUAUUAUAUUUGAGACGAUGGCAUGUUGGAACUGCCUUUGGAUUUUAAUGGUGGUAAUGUUGAAGCAAAUGAAGCACACUUACUGGUGCGGCAGAGAAGAGAGUUAGCUGCCAGAUGACUUGCAGCCAGUGUGAAUAUGACACGACGAGGUGCCGCUGCCACUUUGUUUACCGAAGGUGAGCUGCCAUACCAGUGCGUAUGCUACCACCUGUUACUUUGCUCUAGUGGGAAGCUCCUCUCUGUCUCUCCGAAGCUGGUUUUAACAGGAACAGACAAUUUGAUUUUUAACCUCACAUGACUCACAGAUGAUGUUGUAGCUGCUGGUUUACCACAGGAAACCUGAUCUAAUUAGGCCUCCCAGUAAAAUCCUGAAAUUCUUUGUGGUAAAAACAGCAGUAACAUGAGGUGGAAUUAUUUUUAAACUCUCACCAAUUAAAAUAAAUAUAGUUAGUCAGCCCACACAUUCGAAACCACAGAAGAAAAUUACAACCUGCACUUUAUUUGUUUUUACUUUCCCAAACAUACCAAAAAUUAAGACCGUAACUGACCCCAGAUCAGCUACAGACAUUUAAAAGGCGUCAUGUGAACGUAAAAGUCAGAUUUCUGUUCUGCUCUGCUGCCACUUGCUCUGUGAAUACUACUAACGAGCAUGGCCUUUUCUCGGCCAUGUUCUGACUCUAAGCUGAUGCCAUAUCAGUGAAUAUGCACUAGUGUUUCCCUCCACACAGAGCUGUGCCGAGGUCGGUGUGAUGAUGAGUGACUGUGUGUCCGUAGGUUGUUUGCUUCAUGUGUUUUAUUCAAACACUUUAAAAUCAAGGAAAUAAAUUAUUUCAUUCAUCUGGUUUCUCAUCUGCGCUCGCUUGCAGCUGCACAUUCAAAUCUUUUUUUUUUAAUCUUUUGCUGUAUAAUAUUUUAGCAUUUCUCUUGUUAAUGUAAUCUGAUUGACUGCUUCAGCGUUCUUCCCAGUUAUCGGCCAUUUUUUCAGACUUUUUUAGCAUUUCAUUUGGACACAGUCGGAGCGAGACAAACUGACUCGUUGGUCAAGUUCAGAGAAAACAUGGAGAAAACAUCCUGUGGUUUGUGUUGGAGAGUGAAUGAGUUUUUUGUUUGUCUGGAUGGUUUAUUUCAAACUGGAAUUUAUGUCAAUUGAAGAAAAACAAGUUUUGAAAAACUGCUUUCACUUUAUCGUCUUCAGCUUUUUUGCUUGUGUUUGACUUACAGAAAGAAAAUUGACAGGAAAUACAGUUAAAAGACAAUAAUUGUUUAUUCUCGACUGU